AUGGCGAAUUUGUACGUGAAGGCGGAGCCGUCCGCUGAUCUAAACAGGAACACAGAGUGGUUCACUUACCCUGGGGUUUGGACCACCUAUAUCUUGAUUCUCUUCUUUGCUUGGCUUCUCGUUCUUUCCAUCUUCGGCUGCUCUCCUGGCAUGGCCUGGACCAUCGUCAACCUCUCUCACUUUGCUGUAACUUAUCACUUCUUUCAUUGGAAGAAAGGAACUCCAUUUGCUGAUGACCAGGGAAUCUACAAUGGGCUGACUUGGUGGGAGCAGGUUGACAGUGGGAAGCAACUCACUCGCAAUAGGAAGUUUCUAACAGUUGUACCUGUGGUGCUGUACUUGAUUGCUUCACACACAACUGACUAUGAACAUCCAAUGCUCUUCUUCAAUACUCUUGCAGUGCUUGUGCUGGUUGUUGCAAAAUUUCCCAAUAUGCACAAGGUCCGGAUAUUUGGAAUUAAUGGAGAUCAGUGAGUUGGGUCUUACAUUAGGAUUCAGUUGCUUUACCAGGUUAAAAGCCACCAAAAUUUUCAAGUUCUGUGAGAAGUUUAUGUUUCUGUAUAGAAGUGAGAGCCUGAAAAGAUAUAGGGGUAUGUAUUGUUUUUGUGCUUUGAUAUUUUUACAAGCCCUCUCCUCCGAGAUAUUGAAGCAAUAUUGUCCUUGUACAGUAGGAUAUUCAAUGUAUUGGAAGAUAAUGCUCCUGUUAUGAGCUUAUUACAGCAUCUCUGUAAUUUUCAUGUGCUUUGAGAAUGAAUAUUUAAUAGACAAUGACCCUACUCCAUGAGCAUUCUCACAUUGUUGGUAUUGUGAUGUCGGAGUCGAGCUGAGUUUCAAUCUUAGAAUAUGAGGAGGACAGGAGAAUUUGAGCUGAGAAUUCUAUAGGGGUUGCAAAAUGUAAGAUGUGGGUCUCCUUUACUCGUCAAGGUAUGUAUAAUAAGACCCGGAUACGUA